AUGGAUGACCACAUGUUUAUUAUCAAAUUGCAUUAUGAGGUUGUUUGGAAGCCACAAAUUAGCUAUGAACGUGGGAAGGUUGAGGAUCCUAUUGUUGUUUUAUCUGCAGACGCUGACAGUUUGCCAAGUCCUAGUGUCAUAAAAACCAAAGAGAGCCAGACUGUGAGGCACAAUGAAACUGGCAUUGAGGGUGUGGGUGAUGGGUUGAUUGAAGCUAGUUCACAACAUGUAGCUAUUGAUGCUGAUAGUGAGAUUAGUGGUCCUCAAAAUGAAGAUACUGAUUCUGAGGACCCAGAUUAUGUUCCAACUGGUGUUGUUUCUACUGAUGGAACUUACACUAAUGAGGUCAGUGAUGAUCCAAGUUGGCAAUAUGAAGAUCUUGAAGGUGAUGAUGAUGACAUUUUUAAUCCCACAGUUAGUGUCCAAGACCAUGGCCGGGGGAAAAGACCAACAUUGGGGGUUGAGGUGUAUGUUGAUAAUUGA